ACCAGUGCGCCCAGUGACGAGCUUGUCUGGUGGCGCACGCGGAAGUGCGAGCAGUGACGAACGGGAGCAGGGUGAGAAGAACGGGAGCGGGGUGAGAAGAGCGGAAGGACUGUGACGGGGGACGAGGAUGAAUCUCGCACUCCAGGUGGCGCGCCUGCUGGCCCUCUGCGUGCUGGUGACGGCCGUCGAGGGGAUGCGCGUGAGGGUCAGAGGUCGCCGACAGCGCCCACGUCGGCCAGGGCAGCGCCAGCGCCCGCGGGCGCCCAUCUUCCUGGCCGUGCCCGGCACCGAGGCUGUGCCCGUUAUCUCUCCAGCCGGUGUGCAAGAGGUGCUCAACAUGGUGGCCGCCGCCCGCCGCCCUGCAUCCUCGCCGCCGUCCGCUCGGCCGGCGCAGCCCGACUUACCCGCGCAGCCUUCCUUCCCCGCGGAGCCCUCCUUCGCCACAGAGCCCUCCUUCCCUCCGUUCCCGCCGGCCCCGAGCGUCAGUGACCGCCCCGCCGUGUCCUCUGGCGACGACCUGCCGCGGGCGCCCGACGGCUUCGGCGCUGACUUCUUCAGCGGCGGAGACACAUUCGGCAGUUCCCUGCCGCAGUUUCCCGACAUCUCUAGCAUCUUCAAUGACGCGGCCGUGAGCCGGCGCCGCGCCGGCGGCUCGGAGCCGGGCGACGCCGGCCGCUCCCGCCGGCGGUGGGGUGACGCUGGGUUAGACUCCGACUCCGACUCCGACCCCGAGCAGCAGUACGCCGACCUCUACUACCGCGCAAGCUUCGCUGGUAAUUAGAUGACGCAGCAGUUGGUGACACCCACAUCUGCAGAGAGAACGUGGCUGCGGGAGGAAGCAGCAGCUUGGAGACCUCACCCGUGUUAUGCCUGACGGCGGUUUGCUGCUAGCUCGGCUGAACAUAUCAACACGCCAGCCGGGCAGCGUCGGACGUGAGCCGCAUUGAGAAGACUGUUAGAAAUUCCUGAGACGUUUGUUCGAGCUCGCUUCAGGUACUAGUAGGAAAUUGUGUUAUCGGCGAAACGAAACGUUGUGUUACGAUCCAGAACUGUGUACUACCUCUGCACCGUUACUUCCGGGUAAUGACGGCGAAUUGCGCUUUAACUCGAUCAAAUUUGAGUACAAGACCGUUAGAGGCGAUACCAGGGCCAGUUAUCAGCGACGCUAGACUCAAUUACGUGCGGUAGUUUAGUAAGUUAUCGUUGGAUGGACAAGAUCCUAAUACCCAUUAUUAUGUUACGCAUUUGAUGCUUGCUUUUCUUUGCGGUUUGCAUCGUGGUUACUUCUGAGGCUUUUUGUUAAAACCCCAAUAAACCUCAAA